AUGACUUCGUCUUCCUCUAUUAUUAUAUUACUUAUCAUUAUUUUGAUAACCACGGUUUCCGGAGGAGUCCAAGUCAAUCGUUGUGUUCUUCGUUGCAAGGAUAACCAUAUGAUGGAGAUGGAGAAUGAGUGGUCGCACGACUUCACUCUACCACUUCUGAAUCUUCUGAAACAGACUGGAAAUGAAACAGCAGCUUAUAUAAAAGCACAAGCAAUUUGCGCAAGCAACAAAUUACUUGAAGAAUGCGUUCGUGGGUGUAACAAUUCGGUUGAAGCUUCGAUUAUUUUGGCCGGAAUUCGAGCUUGGCAGGAUUCGUGCAAUAACUUGGAGGAAGUUCGUGCCCAAUUUCCUUGCUGGAAGGAUAAUGGUGAACGACUUUCAAGCGUAUGUCGGGCUCAGACGACUCGUCUUGAAAUGGAUAUGCACAAUUUUGCCAAGAACCAAAGUCAAGAAAAUACUGAAGCGAUUUGCACCGAUUUCGAGCAUUUUUCGUCAUGUUUUACACAGGAACACGGAAAGUAUUGCGGCUAUCGUAGCGAAGUGAUAACAUCAAGAAUGUUUGAAAGCAAUCGCGAAGCAAUGUUCAAAAUGAUGAAAAUUCGCUGGAACAACCUACCUCCAGCGUGCAAAUACACUGAACUACGUCGUGACACCAUCCCUGCGAUGGUUGAAAUAGAAUUAAAUAAAGAAGCUGAGGAAGAUUUUUCCGAUCCACCAGGUUUCGUUGAUAAUGUCAAGGAUGAAGAACUCGUCCCUGAUGUUAUUCACAUGAAACCUAGAAUCGAAGAGUUUGAGGAAAAUUGUGUAGUGAUUUUCGGAAUCCCAGUUGUCGGAUCGGAGAGAAUUCAAAAAUUGCAAAAUGUGCUCUCGAGAGUUCUUGAUAAAAUCGAUAAAAGCUGCAAAAUGUUUAUCCCAACAAACCCAGAAGGAGGAUCUUUGGGAGUCUUGUUUUCCGAGUGGUCUGACAAGAAAAUUGCUGAGUACGCCGUUCAAAGUCUCGAUGGGUAUGCAUUUGACAAGAGUCAUACAUUUUCUGCCCAACUUUUCUCCACGAUGAAAAAAAUGACUCCCCCUGAUGAGAACUGGAAAGUGCCAGAAGCAAGACCAUAUAAUGAUGUUGGAGACCUUUGGUGGUGGCUUCAAAACGAUAGAUGCCGAGAUCAAUUUGCUGUUCUUCACGAUAAGAGCGGAGUUCCGACCGUUGGUGUUUAUACACACAUGAAGGGACAUGAGCCCGAACUUGCUGCUGAUGCAGAUAAGGCUGAACGCGCGAACUGGACCGAAACUGUGUUUGCUUGGUCGCCUCAUGGCUCUUAUCUUGCAACAAUUCAUGCUCGAGGAGUUAUUUUAUGGGGAGGUCCGGAAUUUAAGCGUGCUCAUCGUUUUGCUCAUGACAAUGUCCAAUAUGUCGAUUUCUCACCGUGUGAAAAAUACAUGAUCUCCUAUGCUGCUCCUGAAGAUCGCGGAAAAUGGUGGGAAGGAGAAAAAGACUGCAUCAAGAUCUGGGAAGUUGUUUCCGAAGAACUCAAGGGCACAUUUUCGCCAUUCGAGCUUUGCAGAAGAGGUCAUUUGCCCGCUUGGCCUUUCUUCAAGUGGUCUCCCGAUGAGAAGUACUUUGCCUGUCUCAAGGCUCCAGAGCGUGAUAAACUUGAAAAAGAGAAGAAGGUCGAUGGAAUCGCUGUUUAUGAAACCGAAACUUUCCAAUUGCUCAAUAAGCGCCCGAUUAUAAUUGAAAAUAUAAAAUACAUCGAAUGGUCACCAGUCAAUAACAUAUUGGCCUAUUAUUCAGAGUGCACCGAAACUGUUCCCGCUGAAUUCGGAUUAUUACAAUUCCCAAGUUUACAACGCCUCCGGUCGGCUAGAAUCUAUAAUGUUGCUGACGCCCAAUUAUUCUGGCAGAAAAGCGGAAAACGGUUGGCCAUUUAUACAAUGCGGUAUAACAAGAAACAAAUACGUGAUACUGGAGAUAUCAAAUAUAUCGGUGGAUGCACGUAUCACAUCGAUAUUUUUGAAAUUGACAAAAAGGAUGUUUCUCUCAUGAAUUUACCAUUGUCUGAACCAUUCAUUCAUUUUGGAUGGGAUCCAGAAGGUGAUAAAUUCUGCGUUUUGACCGGAUCAGCUACAAAAACUACCCCGCAAGUUUACCGAAUCGAACCAAAUAGUCAUGCCCCAAAAUUGAUGAGCAAGCUCGAUGCUGGAGUGCAAUUCAACGAAGUUCAAUUUGCUCCGAAGGGUGGAUGGCUCGCCGUUUUGUCAAAAAUGUCUUCUGGAGGAAAUGUGAUGUUCGUCGACACCUCAUUAUCAGAGGCUAAAAGAACUAACGUGAUCGAACACCCGUUGUUCAAUAAAGGAUAUUGGGAUCCAACUGGGCGCUAUUUCGUCACCUGCUCAACAAUGGGAGGACGUAAUGGUGCCGAUCUUGGCUAUCGAGUUUUCACCUUCCAAGGACGCGAGCUGUGCAGAAAGAACUUGGAACGAUUGGCCCAAUUCAGGUGGCGCCCGAGACCUCCAGUCAAGCUCAGUGAGCAGAAACUCAAAGAAAUUAAGAAGAAUCUCAAGAAGAUUGCCGCGAGAUUCAUCAAACAGGAUGAUGAUGAGAAAUGCCGAGCCAGCCAGGAAGUUGUGGAAAAGAGAAGGAAGAUCAUGGCCGCUUUCGAUGUCAUCCGCAACCGGAAUCGCGAAAUUCUUGCAAACAUGCGCGAGGCACGAAUCCAACUGCGCGGCGGCGUAGACACCGAAGCCGAAUUAAACCCCGACGAUUUCGUCGACGAAGAAAUCACAAUUGCAUUGAGCACAACCCGAACUCGCGAACAAUUGAGCGAAGAGGACGAGCGCGACUAA